AUGUCAGACGACAAGGUUACAAUUUUGUUACAUGCUGUUGGUGACGCUCCCAUUUUGAAGCAGAAGAAGUUCGUCGUUGACGCCAGCAGGACAGUAGCGUGGCUCACACAAGUGAUUAAGAAAUUAAUUAAUUUGCCAGAUAAUCAAAGCCUUCAUAUCUAUAUUUCGCAAACUUUUGCCCCGUCGCCAGAUCAUUCCUUUGGUUCUCUUCGUGAUUGCUAUGCUGUUAAGACUGACGGCAAAGAACACCAUUUAGUAAUGCAGUAUAGCACAACAUAUGCUUGGGGCUGA